GCUUGCUAUCCUGCCUUUGCCCAUCUCAGCAUACCAAAUUGUAAACCGACAUCAUGGGUUUCAUGCUCAAGCCCCCGGCAGACACUCCUGGCAAGGCAUGGCCAGCCAUUCUCAUUGGUCUUUUCGUCGCCUUUGGAGGUGUGCUUUACGGAUAUGACACUGGUACCAUUUCCGGCAUCAUUGCCAUGGACUACUGGAAAAAAGAAUUCUCGACGCAACCAGACAAAAGCAUUACAGCUGCUCAGGACUCUUUGAUUGUCUCCAUUCUCUCCGCUGGUACCUUCUUUGGCGCUCUGACGGCAGCACCCUUUGGCGACUUGCUUGGAAGACGCUGGGGUUUGAUCGCCUCGGCCGGCCUUGUCUUCAACCUCGGUGUCGUUCUGCAAACUGCUUCAACCACACAGGAGCUUUUCAUUGCUGGCCGCUUCUUCGCUGGAUAUGGUGUCGGUCUUAUUUCCGCUCUGAUUCCCAUGUACCAGAGUGAAACUGCGCCCAAAUGGAUCCGUGGCACAAUUGUUGGAGCUUACCAACUGGCCAUUACAAUCGGUCUGCUACUGGCUGCCAUCGUGAACAACUCCACCAAAAACCGCAACGACUCCGGAUCGUACCGUAUUCCAAUCGCUGUGCAAUUCGCCUGGUCUAUCAUCCUGGUUGGCGGUCUCCUCGUCCUCCCAGAGACUCCUCGAUACCUCAUCAAGAUGGACAAGUACGAUGAGGCUGCAAAGAGUCUUGGUCAGCUGCGCCGCCUUCCUGUCGACCACCCCGCUAUUGUCGAAGAGCUCAACGAAGUACAAGCCAACCAUCUCUACGAGAUGUCAUUGGGCAAGUCGACAUACCUCGAGUGCUUCAAGGGUACUUUGGGAAAGCGACUGAUGACCGGAUGUCUGUUGCAAGCGCUCCAACAGCUGACUGGUGUCAACUUCAUUUUCUACUAUGGAACACAAUACUUCCAGCGCGCCGGUUUCAGGAACCCUUUCAUUAUUCAGGUCAUCACCAACUGUGUCAACGUUGCUUCCACUUUCCCUGGUCUCUGGAUGGUUGAGCGUCUCGGUCGCCGCAAUCUCCUUCUGUUGGGAGGAGUGGGCAUGUGCGUCUGCCAAUAUAUUGUCGCCAUUACGGGUACCGUUUCCGGAACCACCGAUUUGCCAUCGCAGCGCGCUGCCAUUGCCUUUGUGUGCAUCUACAUCUUCUUCUUCGCCAGUUCCUGGGGACCCGUCGCAUGGGUCGUCACCGGCGAGUUGUUCCCUCUCAAGGCGCGUGCCAAGUGUCUUUCCAUGACCACUGCCAGCAACUGGCUCCUCAACUGGGCUAUUGCCUACUCGACUCCCUACAUGGUUGACCCCGUCCACGCAAACCUGGGUUCCAAGGUUUUCUUCAUUUGGGGCACCUUCUGCUUCGUCUGCAUUGGCUUUGUCUGGGCAUUGAUCUACGAGACCAAGGGUCUUACCCUCGAGCAAGUCGACGAACUCUACGGCAUCGUCAGCAAGGCCUGGAAAUCCAAGGAGUUCCGUCCCGCCGUUUCAUUCGCUGACAUUGAUUCUGGUGCUGCUCGCAAGGCCAGCCUCAGCGAGGUUGCCGCAAACCAGGAGAGGAAGCGCAGCAUCCAGCAUGAGGAGAGUGCUCCUGUUGCUGAGACCCAAACCGCAAAGUACUAAGUCAUUUUGAAUGACUAUCGACGGGGACAAAGAAAUGACAGUGUUCAAGCCGCAAUGUUGGGAAAUGGGAAAUGACAUGAUGAAAGGAUCAAGGGUGAUGAAGUGGAGGGCGGAAAGCAAUGAGUAAUGUAAUGAACCAAUUUGCGGUGCAAACAUGGAUGUGUUGUACAAUGUCAUGACGUGACUAUAUGCGCCCCCCCAUGUAAUGAAUACAUCGCUAUAAAAUGAAACAAUA